AUAACUUCUUGGGUCAGCUAACACGCAGCGUUCAAAAUGGGCGGCAAACUACAUAAUACUGUGCGAGCACUGUGGGUUUACCUGGUUUGCUGCCACCAAGUUCUUACGUUUGACGUGACAAAAUCUGGACAGACGUAUAUCGGGGUAGGAUCACAAACCACGUUGACGUGUCAGUGGACAAAAUCGGCUGGGGUUGACCUUCUGAGAGUAAACUGGAGACAAGGUUCUACAAUAAUAGCAGGUGCUAUCUUACCUAACUAUACACUUAUAUAUCCUGACUCUAGUGUAAAAGACCGUGUGACACUGGGCACUCUAACCUCUACAAGUACCAGAACAUCAAUAACAUUAAUAGGAUUACAGUGUCCAGGUGAUAUAGCAGAGUAUUCAUGUGAUGUGCAGACUACCGCACUACAAGACAGUUCUGGGACUGCAAGUUUCGAUGUGAAUCUAUUUUUUUUCAUUGGAAACGACAUCGUGAUCACAUCCGCACCAAGUCAGUUAAAAGCAGGCCAGAAUGCCUCCCUGACUUGUACAGCCAGUAAUAUUGGGCGACCACCAGGCAUCAUGAAGUGGUACAAAGGCUCUCAAGAAAUCACCACUGGAUUUACUCAGCAGACAAGUAUCAAUAGUGAUGGUUGUACCUAUAAUGGAGUUAGUAUUCUGAGUAUUACACCAACAGCCGAGGAUAAUGAAGCGAUAUACAUGUGUGCCGUUGAACCAAACUCUACAGUGCCUGGAGACUUUUCAAAACAAGGAAGGUAUACACUGGAUGUACAAUACCCAGUACCACAGGUGCCAAGGGUGACAUCAUCCACUGGUACAUUUACAGUUGAGCAGGGAACAACUUUUACUCUCAACUGUCAGGCAAGGGGUAAUCCAAGUCCAAGCUAUGUGUGGACCAGUCCAGAUAAUACCAACUCUACUGGCUCUCAGCUUGUGCUGACACUGUCCACUACUGGAACCUUUUUGUAUACUUGCUUUGCCACCAACAGUUUGACAACAUCGCCACUGCCAACAGCUGUCACAGUGACAGUACAAGAGAAAACUACCACCACAACAACAACAUCCACGACAACAUCCACGACAACAUCAAUGGCACCAGUAGCAGUAGCAUCAUCAACAGACACACUCACAUGUACAGGAGGCGAGGGUCUACAUAGCACAGGCGUGUUGGUUGGCGCAGUUGUGGCAGCACUGGUGAUAACAUUUGGGGUCGCGGUUGCUUUAUUCGUCCUGUAUCAUAGGAGCAUGAUGCAUAGAUUUCGGAAGAAUAGACAGUCUGCUGACACUGUUGAAGUGGAAGUUACGGAAGGCAACAAUGAAUACGCCGUGCUAGAAAGAAAACCAGAUGUAAAUGAGCCGGAUCACACUUACGCAGCACUUCAAGGAAAGAUGACGUCAUUCAAUACGCUACCAAGAAAAUAACUAGGAGAAGUUCCCAGGACAGUAAACGAACGCAACAUCUACAUCAUCUUCACUGGACCGAAGAACGUCAAUUCCUCGACUGGACAACGAAGAGAAUUAGAAAGAAAACUAAUGUGUUAGAUUUCAAAACGCUGAUGUUAACAGCUGACAUUAAAACGGGUUCCAGUCUGUCCAAACCACCAAGCUAACAAUUCAUCGAAAAUACAGCGUAUUUUGAUAGUGAUUUUGUCGAAAACUGGAACUGUUUAUUUGAGCUCAAACGCCAAAAGAGUCCUGGUCCGACCAAUGUUCAGUCAAAAUUAUUUCGGAGGCUGUCUGUUCUUAAUUUGUGUGAGAAGAAAUUAUAUUUACGGUAAAACGGCUGUAGGUAUUAUCACUCACAUUUUAAGUUUAUUAACACUCGCUUUCGCUUUCAUAUUAUUUUAUUUCAUGAUGUUACCGAGGGUUAUAUUAAACAAGGACAGUGUCGAGUGUACUACGGAGAAAAGGACACAGUGAAAGAUACACGGCCUCCGUAGCCUCAAUGAUUUUGGCAAGCUUAAACUUUUUAAAAUCGUAAACUCGUAGGCCGUAUUAUUAUGAUAGAUGACAUUGCACAGUUCCCGUGAG